GUCGACGUCACGUAUGGAGUAGCUGUUCGACGAGCUGACAUUGAUUCAUUCAUAAUUUCACUAAGUUUACGCCAGGGUGAUUUAGCGGCGCCCUAUCAAAAGCGUUGCAUUAGAGAUGUCUGGACGUUUGUACGCCAGCAUCCUUCAAAGAGCUUCAAGCUACUCUCUGACACUUUGUUCUACUGCCCCAUUCCAGUGUGCCCACCUUUUAGCCAUUCCCUUUUCUCAGCCUCGGCCAGCCCACCAUUGUCACUUCUCAUCCUGGGGUACCUCUAGAUCACACCAACUGUGCUCCAGUGGUAAGGAGACAGGAAAUGGGUCUCAAAGUGGCCGAUGCCUCUCGACUCAUCAGGAUCUAGACUUCCAGCUCAGCCAGGUUCAAAUCAACAGUAUUCUGCGAUCUAAUGAGCAGACUGUGAGUGUGCCAGAGUUUGAUGGUAGGGGCCUCAGUACUGUGAGAAAGUUUGAGAGCAACCAGCUGGCUGCUAACACACCUAAUGAGGACCGUCGCAGUGCAGCCACCUGCUUACAGUCAAAGGGCAUGCUCUUUGGAGUGUUUGAUGGCCACGGGGGCUGGGCGUGCGCACAGGCUGUCAGUGAGCGGCUGCUGUACUACACUGCAGUUGCAAUGAUGCCAAAGCAGAGCCUGGAGGAGCUUGAGAAAUGCAUGGAGCACGGCAGGCCUGUUCCUCCCAUCUUGCAGUGGUACAAACACCAUGCAGACUUCAACUAUCGUGAAUCUGCUUCACUCUACAUUGACCACCUCAGAGUCUUCUGGCAAGAAUUACUGGACAGUGAGGAACAUGGUGAAGGCAUGAGUCCUCCUGAUGCUCUGGAUUGUGCUUUCAAACGGCUUGACGCUGACAUCUCCUUGGAGGCUCAAGUCCCUUUUUCCAAUGACCUAAUGAAAAGCACAGCCAUCCAAGUUGCAUUUGCUGGUUGCACUGCCUGUGUAGCUCACAUUGGAACAGAUGGGAUCCACGUGGCGAAUGCCGGUGACUGCCGAGUGAUAUUGGGGGUGCAGGAGGAGGACGGGUCAUGGAGCGCUUUACCCCUUUCUCAGGACCACAACUCACAGAAUCAGACUGAGGUGGAGCGGAUCAAGGCCCAGCACCCACCCUCAGAGAGAGACACAGUGGUCACAGAUGACAGGCUGCUUGGGGUUCUGAUGCCCCUGCGUGCGUUUGGUGACGUAAGAUUCAAGUGGAGCCGUGAGCUGCAGCAAAGCAUUUUAGCCAGCCUGGAAUCUGGAGUGGACCUGGACUCUCUCAACCUGUACCAGUACACUCCACCUAACUACCUAACUCCGCCCUAUCUGGAUGUGGCACCCGAGAUGACCUAUCACAAGCUGAGACCUCAGGACCGCUUCCUGAUCCUUGGCACCGACGGUCUGUGGGAUGAGCUAGGGAACGAGGAGGCUGUACGACUCAUUGGAGAGCACCUGAGUGGAAUUCACCUCCAGGCUCCAGUUUCUCCCUCUGAGAGGCAGCUGAAAUUGGGUCAGAUGCAUGAACUCCUGCUAAAACGCCAGGCCCGGGCCUCCCCCGCUUUAGACACCAAUGCUGCCACGCACCUUAUCAGACAUGCUCUUGGCACUGGGGAGUAUGGAGAACUCUGCCAGGAGCGGCUGUCCUCUAUGCUUGCUUUGCCAGAGGACCUGGCCCGAAUGUACAGGGACGAUAUCACAGCUACUGUGGUGUAUCUUAACUCCGACCUGGCCAGAACUCGCCACAGCUAACAGGAAGUUUUUUACAAUGCUAGACAGAGAAAAUUGUAACAUUCAGCUCCGUCCAGAUCCAGAUCAUAGCCAGCAUCAAUUUCUGGAUAUUUUGGGACAAAAAAUUAGCUGUUACAUAAAUUGAUUUAGAAGUAUUUUGAAAUGAACAGAUUUCAUUGUUGUAUUAUGCACAAGUACUUUAAAAAAAACUCAUUCAUGGAGUUAGCAUAUUCAUAAGUAGCGUCAAUCAGGUCAAAAUACAGAUUUUAUUGAGAAAAGUUUUUGCUCCUUUAGUGUAUUCGUAAUGGACAUUUUAUAGACCUCACCUGAGUUGCAUGUUUCUAUUUUUCUGGCACAGUUUGCUUUGGACAAUCCAUCCAUGACAUUUCCUUCUGUUUACUUUUCUUGUGUGUAAGUAUAACUUAAUUUUGUGUAAAUGUUCUGUCUUCAGUGUGAUUGUUACAUGUAUUUAAAAUGACACUCCACUCACUGGAAGAAAUGUGUAGAUGUGUCAAAUUAAACAACU